UGUUUCUCUCACUUUCUUAAAUCUCCAUGCUAUUUAACUAAAAACCCUAACGAUUUUUUAAUUUUUAUGAGUGUGUUUGGUUGAGGUUUUUAUUUUAUUAUUAUUUUUAUGAAUUUUAUGUAUUUAUUGUUGGUGUUGAGUAUCCUCCCCUGUAUAUUGUUCAUGUGAAUUUGGAUUUUAGUAUUAGAUUCUAUUCCUUCAUGCAUCAAUGCCAAAAAAUGCUUGUGAGACAAUGUGUUAUUUAGUUAACAGGAAGAAUGGAGUCAAUCUAUUGCAAUAAAAAAUAAAUACAUAAUAUGUUACUCAAUUUAGUGUGCUUCAAUUUAGUGGCUAUUGGAAGGUAAAUCUUUUGAGUGCCUUUUCACUUAUCUGGUUUGAAUUUUGAUUCAAUUUCGAAAUUUAGCAAAACAACCCACCACAAUCAAUGUACCCAAUUUAUAGCUAAAUAGUCUUCCACAAUCAAAAUUCUAUAUAUAUAUUUACACACACAUAUAAUUCUACUACUUGUUCAUGUUUUCACUGCCAUCUUUUCAGUAUUUUAUUAUAUAGUAUUUGUUUCCUUCAUUAGGAACAUAAAAGAAAUGAUGCAUUCCGUUUAUAAAUGUGGGGGGCGUUUUAAGAAAGUGGAAGUGGAGGAAAAUGAAGACAUAAUUAGCAACUUACCAAGCUGUCUUAUGGACCAUAUCCUCUCUUUCCUUCCAACAAAGUAUGCGGUGGCAACUAGUGUUUUAUCAACAAAAUGGAAGUACCUUUGGACCUCAAUCACUAAUCUCGACUUCGAUGAUGAAUUGCUAGUCGAACCUAUAAAUCCUCAGGAGUGUACAGAGCAAAAACUUCGGUCAGUGGAAAUGAGCUUCAUAAAUUUUAUCGACCGAGUUCUCUUACACAAUAUAUCAUAUUUGCAUACAUUCCGCCUGAGAUGUACUCGGAGUUAUGAUGUUUCUCAUCUUAAUGUUUUGGUUACUACUGUACUAGCACGUAAACUGCAUGAACUUCAUCUUUUCUUUCAAAUGGAAUACUACAAUGGGCUGGCUCGCGAAGUUUUUACCUGUACAAAUCUUGAGGUACUUGAACUGGUUGGUCGAUUUGUUCUCAAUGUCCCUACUUUGGUGUGUUUGCAGAAUCUCAAAAUCCUCCUUAUUAACAAACUUGGAUUUUCGGAUGAUGAAUCAAUUCAUAGACUCUUGUCUGGCUGCCCUCUGCUUGAAGAGUUGUCGAUAAAACGUUGUGAUUUAAAAAAUAUCAGUGUUCUUUGCAUUUCUGCUCCUGCUCUCAAGAGUUUAGUUAUAAAUUGCUGGUCUAAGGGUGGCUACAAGCUUGUACUUAAUACACCAAAUCUUCAAGAUCUUGAAUAUUAUGACUAUGUAGCAAAAGGCUAUUUAAUGAAUAAAUUAAAUGGCCUUGUCAAUGCUGACAUUAGUUUGUUCCUAAGACACGAAGUUGUCCAUGAUAAUUCUGUGGAAGAACUUGUAGCAGAAUUUGUUGAAGGAAUAUCUGAAGUUCAGAGGCUUCGUUUAUCUUAUUAUGAUUCAACGAAGUUGUGCAGGUCUCCGCUGCCAAUUUUUGUCCAUUUGACUUGUUUGGAUAUUAGUUGCAAAAAUUAUCUGAAUGUUUUUUGGAAAUCGCUACUGGAUUUUCUUGAAAGCUCGCCACAACUGGAAAAGCUUAUUUUUGCGGGGCUACUUUCACAAGAGGAAGUCGAGGAAAACCAGACAACUUAUAGUUGGUAUCCACCCGAGUACGUGCCUUCUUGUUUGUUGUUUCACCUUAAGGACAUUUACAUUCGGUGGUUUAAAGGGGAAAUUGAUGAGCUGAAAAUGGUAGAGUAUUUCUUGAAGAAUUCAAAAGUUCUCGAGAAACUGAUGAUUAAGUCCUUCAUUGAUAGAAAGUCAGCUGAGAUUUGCACGCUACAGACUUUACCCAGGGGUUCUGAGAAAUGUCGAGUUGUGGUUUUUUGAUAUUUUCUUUUGAGCUCUAUGUUCAAUAGUUGGGGAUAAUAAGUGUGAUUAAGAUAUUGUCUCUUCUUGUUUGCCUUUUGGUUUCUGCCUUCAAUGUCUCCCCAUGUUAUGCAAAUACUACUACUUUUUAUUUUAUUUUAUUUUCAUGA